AUGCCGCUCAAGUGUGUCGAUGUCGCGCUCCCUUUGAGCAUCAGGAGCCUCGAGCACGUCUACAAAGCCGUGAACGCUUACCUGAUACCGCCCACAUUGGACGGCGCUGUGCGUCAUGGCUGUUUGGGCGUCCUGGAGCGAUUUAAGACCAAGCCCUUUUCCUCCAAGACUCUGUACGCCGCGAUAGAUAAUAAACACUUUAGUACCGUCAAAUGGGUCCUAACUGAUAGGAAAUCUGACUUCAAGACCGUCAUACUCGACGAUGCGCUAAGGCAAGUGAUCAAGCGCGGAGAGAGCGAGAUAGUAGAAUUAAUGGUGGACCACUGCAGCGACAACGCUGUCGAGAACGCGCUGUCGUACGCGGCGUACGAGGGAAAAUGGCAGAUUGUGAGGGUUCUAUACAUGGAGUGCAUGCCUGGUUGUGAUGCUCUGGGCGAUACUCUGAAUCAGGCGGCUAUUAUGGGGGAGCGAGACGUGGUGGAGCUCCUCUGGAGAGGGUGCGACGAGAAAGAUGUGGCCCGCUCGUUGGAGAGCGCAGCUAUGGAAGGCAAGUGGGAUGUAGUCGAGGUGUUGUAUCAGCAUUGUGACACCGAGACGAGGAAAUUAGGUGUUGUACUUCUGUGCGCGAUCGAAAAGGGCAAAUGGGAUAUGGUUGAGGUGCUUUAUCCUCGAUGCAGGGAGAAGGACCUGGUGGAAGCACUGAAAGUGGUCGUGAUACAACAUCGAUGGGACGUAGCAAAGCUCUUGUGUCGGAAGCUGCAGAAGAAAGAGUAUGAAGACGCGCUGCAAUUGGUGGACAGAGAUGAAGGACGCUUGCUACUUGAUCGUCUUUAUAGAAGAUGCAAGUGCUUCCAAGCCGAGAAAGCAGUCAUGGAAGCGACGAAGCGGUUUAAUUGGAUGGCGAUUAAGCUGCUGGCUGACGCGUGCUACAAAAAGUCUGCUACUGUCGACAAGGCAUUCAAAUUGGCCAUUGAGAUGGAACAAUGGGAUGUGGUAAAGCGUUUGUAUCCGGAAUAUACUGAUGAAGCAGUGUCAGAGGCGACGAAGAAGGCUGAAGCUUCCGGCAAGCCCGAGACAGCCCGCAUUCUGCAGAAUAACAGCAGUAUGAAUGAUGCGACGACCUCAAUUAGCCAGCGUUCCCUUAGCGGGGAGAAGGAUGUGGAAAUACCUGAAGCAAAACCCGAGCUCCAAAUGAUUCGAUGCGUUGUUCCGGGAUUUGAUCCGUUUGAGAUUGAUAUAAGCUUGGUCGAUAGAGUGGACGACUUGAAAAAGUUGCUUCACACAGAGAGACCAGAUUAUUUUGGAGACGUUCCCGCUGACUCGAUUCGAUUUUAUCUCGCUAAACGAGGUGAUGAAUGGUUGUCUGAAGACUCAGAAGAUAUCGAUCUGUUGGCAAUUGGAGAUGGCUCGCGAGUGCGAGACUUGCUGGUGUGGCAGGUGAUGCCAAGUAGGCACGUGCAAGCUGUCUUUAAAGACGUCCCACGUGGGAAUACGAUACAUGUGAUUGCACUGAAGCCCAUGCUUCGUUGUAUCAUUCCUGGAAGUCGUCCUUUUGGAAUAAAUAUCGACACGAUCAUGCAGAUUGGAUACUUAAAAAAGGUGAUUAAAGAGGAGAUGGCUGGUGACUUUGAUCAGGUGGAUGCCUCUGAAAUUCAACUUUACCUUGCUAAAGAGAACGGCAAGUGGCUGCCUCCUUUGUCGGGAGGAGCGAAGGCCUUGAUGGUGGGAGAAGUAUGUCCUUCAUUGGGCAAUAUUUUGGCAAGACAGCUCAUGUCGAUGACUGAGGUGGGAAACCCUUUCGCGGACGUUUUCGCUAUCCACAUUAUUGUUUUCAGUCCGCACAUGAAUCUCAGUGCGUACCGAGACGUUCCAAGCAGCAGACGAUUUCGCUGGGAUCAACUCAACAAUAUACUGCAUGAUGCACUGUGA